CAAUGUAAAUUUUCGUAAAGACACUCACAGGAAAGACAAUCACUCUUGAUGUUGAACCAUCUGACACAAUUGAUGCUGUCAAAGCUAAAAUCUAAGACAAGGAAGGAAUCCCACCUGAUUAACAAAGACUUAUCUUUGCAGGAAAGUAAUUAGAAGACGGAAGAACACUUUCAGACUAUAACAUUUAAAAGGAAUCAACCCUUCACUUAGUUUUGAGAUUAAGAGGAGGAAUGUAAAUUUUCGUAAAGACACUCACAGGAAAGACAAUCACUCUUGAUGUUGAACCAUCUGACACAAUUGAUGCUGUCAAAGCUAAAAUCUAAGACAAGGAAGGAAUCCCACCUGAUUAACAAAGACUUAUCUUUGCAGGAAAGUAAUUAGAAGACGGAAGAACACUUUCAGACUAUAACAUUUAAAAGGAAUCAACCCUUCACUUAGUUUUGAGAUUAAGAGGAGGAAUGUAAAUUUUCGUAAAGACACUCACAGGAAAGACAAUCACUCUUGAUGUUGAACCAUCUGACACAAUUGAUGCUGUCAAAGCUAAAAUCUAAGACAAGGAAGGAAUCCCACCUGAUUAACAAAGACUUAUCUUUGCAGGAAAGUAAUUAGAAGACGGAAGAACACUUUCAGACUAUAACAUUUAAAAGGAAUCAACCCUUCACUUAGUUUUGAGAUUAAGAGGAGGAAUGUAAAUUUUCGUAAAGACACUCACAGGAAAGACAAUCACUCUUGAUGUUGAACCAUCUGACACAAUUGAUGCUGUCAAAGCUAAAAUCUAAGACAAGGAAGGAAUCCCACCUGAUUAACAAAGACUUAUCUUUGCAGGAAAGUAAUUAGAAGACGGAAGAACACUUUCAGAUUAUAACAUUUAAAAGGAAUCAACUCUUCACUUAGUCUUAAGAUUGAGAGGAGGAAUGUAAAUCUUCGUCAAGACACUCACAGGAAAGACCAUCACUCUUGAUGUUGAACCAUCUGACACUAUUGAUGCUGUCAAAGCUAAAAUCUAAGACAAGGAAGGAAUCCCACCUGAUUAAUAAAGACUUAUCUUUGCAGGAAAGUAAUUAGAAGACGGAAGAACACUUUCAGAUUAUAACAUUUAAAAGGAAUCAACUCUUCACUUAGUCUUAAGAUUGAGAGGAGGAAUGUAAAUCUUCGUCAAGACACUCACAGGAAAGACCAUCACUCUUGAUGUUGAACCAUCUGACACAAUUGAUGCUGUCAAAGCUAAAAUCUAAGACAAGGAAGGAAUCCCACCUGAUUAAUAAAGACUUAUCUUUGCAGGAAAAUAAUUAGAAGACGGAAGAACACUUUCAGAUUAUAACAUUUAAAAGGAAUCAACUCUUCACUUAGUCUUAAGAUUGAGAGGAGGAAUGUAAAUCUUCGUCAAGACACUCACAGGAAAGACCAUCACUCUUGAUGUUGAACCAUCUGACACUAUUGAUGCUGUCAAAGCUAAAAUCUAAGACAAGGAGGGAAUCCCACCUGAUUAAUAAAGACUUAUCUUUGCAGGAAAGUAAUUAGAAGAUGGAAGAACACUUUCAGACUAUAACAUUUAAAAGGAAUCAACUCUUCACUUAGUCUUAAGAUUGAGAGGAGGCUAAUGAU